GCGGAAAAGCGGCAGUGUGUUUCAGUACCUGGAGAUAAAGCCAAACCGGGUGCUUUUAUUAAAGGGAUUCGUAGCGGAGAUAUCGAGAGGUUAGCUCUGAAAUGUCGGUCCCUGCGGGUCACACAGAUGUUCAGAGGGACAGAGGCGCCCUGAGCGGACAGACCGUCUCCUCUGAAAACAACAUUGACAUCGACGAGAAAGAGUUGGAAAAUAUCACAAAGAAACACCGAGAAGACGAGACGACAACGCUGCCUCUGCACUCACCUUGGACGUUUUGGUUGGACAGAUCAUUACCAGGAACGACGGCCGCAGAGUGUGAAUCCAAUCUGAAGAAGAUCUACACGGUACAAAGUGUUCAGACGUUCUGGAGUGUAUACAACAACAUCCCUCCAGCCACAGCCCUGCCUUUGAGAUGUAGCUAUCACUUAAUGCGCGGAGAACGGAGGCCACUGUGGGAAGAAGAAAGCAAUGCAAAAGGAGGAGUAUGGAAAAUGAAAAUACCAAAAGAAAGCACUUCUGCAGUUUGGAAAGAAUUGUUACUCGCCACCAUCGGGGAGCAGUUUGCAGAUCACUGUGCCUCAGACGAUGAGGUCGUUGGUGUCAGUGUUAGCGUUCGGGAUCGGGAAGAUGUUGUACAAGUGUGGAAUAGCGAUGCAUCUCUUGCUAACGAAGCAAGUAUCUUGCGAAAAGUCUAUGAGCUCCUCCCGUACAUAACUUUUAAAGCCGUUUUUUAUAAGUCUCACAUGGAACAUCAUGCCUUUGAAGGAGGACGCUCAAGACAUUAAAUGAAUGUAACACACUUUUUUUUUGUCAUUUGAACCGGAACUCUGUACCUGCCUUCACGUCGAGGCGCUGUCCACAACCUAAUCGAGGAUCUUAUUUUACAUUCAAGGAAAUUGUUAUCAAUAUAUUUUUAUAACUUUUAAUGACUGAUGCCUUGUUUCCUUUAGAUUGUGGGUCCUAGAGCUCUGAUCUUCAGAGACUAUAUCCAGCAAAAAUCACAUCUUGAGUCUAUUAGUUUGUGUUGGAUUUGACCUGCUAUACUGAACUGCACUGUGCCGGUCCUGUUCUCUGCACGGCAUAUGGACCUCACAAUUUAUUCCUGGUAUAGAGGUAGCAGCUAAUUAGUGGUUAAUGGUUUGAUAUGUAAAACAUCUCAAUUCAUAUCAUGUUGUAAUUAAGUCCGCUUAGUCAGUGCCAAAGCACUUUUCUGCCGUUUUUAGUCAUCUGGUGUUUUUCUGAGGAUGGAGUGAAUGUCCCAUUUGGUUUCUUAAAACUUCAUCAACUCUGCAUCAGAUUGAAAUCAGGGCAACACUUGGAAAUAUUGCACAUGACUACCUAUUCCAGUCACAGCGUCCCUCAGUUCUAAAGCCAUCACAGGGAAUCAGAACGUGUUUCAGCACAGAUAUAGCCCUGAGAAACUCAGCUUUAGUUAAAAAACAAAACCCAUCCUGAAAGGUGCCUCUUUGAAUCUCCUCAGCCACACCACGUUUGUUAUUUCCUUCAACACACGUGUUCAAAAGUAGACACUCUGCUGUCCUGAACAGGGUCUUGGAUUAUUUAGCAUUUUGCUCUGAAAAGAUAACUGCACCUUUUUGUGCUCAGCUAGUGGUGCUCAGUGGAACUUGUUUGCCCGACUGUAUCGAGUUUGCUUACUGGACUGUGUCCUUAUAACACACAGAGAAAUGCAGCUUUAAAGCCCCUGGGAACCAAAAACUAUAAUAUGUAAUUUAGGGUCUAACAUGCAUA